AGUUGGCUCAUCGUCGGCGAGUGUGAAGCGCAAGUGUCGCUGUCGUGCGGUGAUGUGACGCUUCUCUUUCAGUGCAGUGUUAUAACGUUGUGGAACAACGAGGAAACAGAUCAGGAAAGAAAACGGCGGCUUUUGUGUGUGUGUGUGCCUGUGUUUGGGACUUUUGUAACAAGUGCCGGGGUUUUUGUUGUUGUUGUUGAAAGCAUCUGGAACAUUCGAAGCGUUGGACUAUAGUUCUGGUGAAUUUUGUGCUUGGGUGUGUGUGUGAGUGAUAUUUGGGCGAUAUUUUCGCUGUGGUGGUGUCUGCAUGCCGAGCUUGGAGGACCCGCGAUUUCUGGCCAUGGAAGGGGAAAUCGUGGACCCGUUUGACUCGCUCGAUGCCAUGAUCAAGCACGAGGACUUGCAAAAAUUCGUCCUGUUCAAGACUCACUACCGGAAAUACAUGGAUGUUUCCGUUGCCUAUGAGGACGUGAUGAGUCGACUUGAAAGCUACGAAGAUGAAUUGGAUCACGCCAAGAGCCAGGAGAUGAAAGCAUUGGAGGACCUUGAAACGAUGCGAACAUUGCUGCGCGAAAAGGACGUUAUUUUGCAAAAGAAGGAAGACGAAUUGUUUGCGGCGGACGAGAAGAUAACGCAGCUGGAGUGCGAUUUGGACGAGGAGCGAACCCGUGGCCUGAAGCUGAAAUCCGACCUUGCGUCCCUCGUCGAAGAGAAGCAAAGCCUCGUGAAACAGUGUCAGACUGCGUUGAGGGAGAAGAACGAUGUUCAGCUCAGGUUCCAGGUCGAGAAAUCAAAGGAGGGAAAUUUGGAACCUCAAACAUUAUCGUCCAUUGGGGCCCUCAAGGACUCCCCAACUCUGCAAUGUGGCCACACAAAAUGUAUAAAUGUUGCCCUUGGCCGCAUUUGA